CCCAGAUCUCAAACUCUCUCUCUUUUCAUUACCCUCUUUCAACUCCCCAGACCCCUCUUUUAUAUCCGAAUUUUAAAUCCCUCAUCGUUACCGCGCCGGCGAUGGGAGUUCCAGCGUUUUACAGGUGGUUAGCGGAUCGGUACCCGCAAUCGAUCGCGGAUGUGAUCGAGGAAGAACCGAGAGAAGACGCUAAGGGAAAUCAAAUACCAGUUGACGUCUCUAAGGCUAACCCUAACGGCCUCGAAUUCGAUAAUCUUUAUCUCGAUAUGAACGGGAUUAUUCACCCUUGUUUUCACCCGGAUGGCAAGCCUGCACCUGCCACUUAUGAUGAUGUUUUUAAAUCUAUCUUUGACUAUAUUGACCAUCUUUAUUCAUUGGUUCGUCCUAGAAAGCUUAUGUAUAUGGCAAUUGAUGGCGUUGCACCUAGAGCUAAAAUGAAUCAACAACGUACUCGGCGCUUCAGAGCUGCAAAAGAUGCUGCCGAGGCUGCAGCUGAAGAAGAGAGAUUGAGGGAAGAGUUUGAGGCCGAGAGGAAAGCUUUGUCCCCUAUGGAAAAACCUGAAACAUGUGACUCUAAUGUUAUAACUCCUGGCACUCCAUUUAUGGCUGUUUUGUCUGUAGCACUUCAGUAUUACAUACAAUCUAGGUUGAAUCGUAAUCCUGGCUGGCGGACUACAAAGGUUAUUCUUUCUGAUUCAAACGUUCCUGGAGAGGGAGAACACAAGAUCAUGUCAUACAUCAGGUUACAACGUAACCUUCCUGGGUUCAAUCCAAACACACGACACUGUUUGUAUGGUCUGGAUGCUGAUUUGAUCAUGUUGUCCUUAGCCACCCAUGAGGUUCACUUUUCAAUUUUAAGAGAGGUGAUCACUCUUCCUGGGCAACAAGAAAAAUGUUUUCUAUGUGGUCAAGUUGGUCAUCUGGCAGCCGAGUGUCAUGGCAAGCAAGAUAAUGGAAAUGGAGAAGGGAAUGCUGUGGAUGAUACACCAAUUCACAAGAAGAAAUAUCAGUUUCUUAACAUAUGGGUGUUGCGAGAAUAUCUGCAAUACGAUUUGGAGAUCCCCAACCCUCCCUUUGAGAUAAACUUUGAACGAAUUGUGGAUGAUUUUGUUUUUUUAUGUUUCUUUGUUGGUAAUGACUUCCUUCCACAUAUGCCAACAUUAGAAAUCAGGGAGGGUGCUAUAAAUCUCCUGAUGCAAGUAUAUAGAAAGGAAUUUGCUUCUAUAGGUGGUUAUCUUACUGAUGCGGGUGAGGUUUUGUUAGAUAGAGUGGAAUGUUUUAUUCAAUCUGUUUCUGUUUAUGAAGAUCAAAUCUUUCAGAAGAGGACUCGUAUACAGAAGGCAUACGAGAAUAAUGAGCAAAUGAAGCUUAAAGCAAGAGGAGAAGGCUCUGAGGAGGCACAGGCACCUGUUGUAGAUAAGAUUAAAUUAGGGGAACCAGGAUACAAAGAAAGAUAUUAUGCUGAGAAAUUCAAUGUAUCAAACCAAGGGGAGAUUGAAGAAGUUAAAAGAGAUGUCGUUUUGAAGUAUCUUGAAGGUUUAUGUUGGGUGUGCCGCUAUUACUACCAAGGUGUUUGCUCUUGGCAAUGGUUUUAUCCAUAUCAUUAUGCGCCAUUUGCUUCAGAUCUUAAGGAUCUUACUGACUUGGAAAUAACAUUUUUCAUGGGAGAACCAUUUAAGCCAUUUGACCAGCUCAUGGGAACUCUGCCAGCUGCCAGUUCUAAAGCUUUGCCAGAAGAAUACGGGAAACUGAUGACGGAACCAUCAUCACCUAUUUCUAGUUUCUACCCCUUUGAUUUUGAGAUUGAUAUGCAUGGUAAACGCUUUGCAUGGCAGGGUGUUGUCAAGUUGCCUUUCAUCAAUGAGUGGAAGUUGCUUGCUGCAACAAGAAAGCUUGAAGCUACUUUAACUGUAGAAGAGCAUUUUCGGAACAGUGUGAUGCAUGAUCUGCUAUAUGUUCAUCCUCAUCAUCCUUUGGCUUCACAAGUUAUUUCAUACUACUAUCAGUUCUCCCCUCACAAAAAAAAUGAAUGGCCAAUUAACGCAAAUGCUAGUGGUGGAAUGAACGGAUUUCUUUGGUUAACUGAAAGGAAUGGUUGGAAAAGUGUAGUGUCUUCCCCUGUUAAGGAGUUGCCACACAUAGAAUAUAACCAUGUUAUAAACGUUACUUACCUUAAUCCUUCAUGUCAUAAACACAUUCCAGAACUUCCACAGGGUGUUGUGACACCCAAAAAGAUUCUAACCCCUCUAGACAUUAAACCUUUUCCUGUAUUAUGGCAUGAAGAUAAUGGAGGGCGGCGUCAGCAAGUCAGAGAUCGGUCAUGGGUACCUGGAGCGAUCAUUGGCCCUCAACUAGGAGAGGCAGCUCAUCGUCUUGUCAAGAACACACUUAAUAUCAAAUCAAAUGGCUCAUCGUCUGGGUUGUUCGAGCAACCAUCGUUUAACAUCUCGAGCAACUACACAAGCAUUAAACAAAGACCUGCUGGACCAUCUGGUUAUGAAAGGGGCUUUUUUGAUGACUCAAGUCUUUCUUAUAGUAGUCGACCACUUGCAGCUGGAUCUCCAGGUUAUGGAAGGGGAUAUGGUGAUGGCCCAAAUUAUUAUAGUCAACACAACCAUCUACAUGGCAUAAUGGCUAGCCCACGACAUACCUCAUCAAAUGGUAUGCAAGUCAACAGAGACAACUUCCGGGCGCAGGAAAGAUCACAUUAUCAGGAACAUUAUAAUGAUUUGAGGACUGGAAUGUCUGCUUUCUCAUUUGAGGGAAGUGGCAGAGGUAGAACACAAGUAGAGAUGUCUUCAAGGAUGCCAAAUUCUGGAUAUACCAAUGCUCCUCCUCCCGUUCCCCCUCCUACCAAGUGGAUCAAUAUGCCGGAGAACGUAAACACUGGAACUUACAAUUAAAAUUUGGAUCAAUACAAGAAGCAGAUGAAGAGAUCGAUCAGAUUCAAAACUCGUCUGCGGGGAAUGUUGGUUCCUGAAAACAAGACGGACUUGCCUGUUUUUUGACACGGGCAUGUUAUUGAUAGUCUAAAGGAAACUUUAUAAGUACUUCUAACGUGGAUGGUCGCAUGUUGCCAGUUGCCACUGCUGUCAGGUUAGAAAACUAGCCGCUAGAAACGUUUGAAUGUUCCAAUGUGCAACCAUCUGUCGAUUUCCAACAAUUUCGUAAGUGAACUUCUUGUCGUGUGAGCUUCAGACAACCAUAUGGCUGAAGAAUUCAGAAAGGUAUCCUUAGUCGAUGUAUCAUGCUUUACCCAUUGUGUUUCUCGAAACACAGCCUAGUUAUUCGGGUUGGUUCUUGUCUAUUAGGGUAGGUGAAAUAGAUGGCAAUUGGAUUGAGAGAAGCUUAGACCUUUUGUCUAAAAUGUACAAGUUUUACAACAUAAGCAUUAUAGGGUUGUAGACU